AUGUUUCUUACCAGGUACCUAUGCAAGCUAAUCGGCGACUACAUACGGGGCUUUUUGAAGAAGCUAGAUAGUGACUCAAUAUCUCUAAACCUUCUAGGGGGUUCCAUUGAACUGAAGAAUGUUGAAAUUGAUGACAGUGUCAUGAGGUACUGCAGGACUUUUUGUCCUAUUGAGCGAAUAGUUGUGGAAAGUCUGCGAGUUAAGGUCCCCUGGCUUGAGCUCUAUUCAAAAUCCUGUGAAGUGUGCCUCAAAGGUGUCUUUGUGGUUGUUAGUGUCCCGUGUGAUACAGAUUCUGACGAAUACGGUGACAUAUUAAAGGGAAGACAUAAAAUAGUUGAUCUCUUCGAUGCCUUCAAACAAAAGCCAAUGUCGGAUGCUGAGAGGGAGCGCUCAAAUUUUUUUACCCGUCUUAAGCACAUCGUUUUACGCAACAUUACACUGGUUAUCGAGGAUAGUCUGAUGUGGUAUGAGCAAAAUGAUGGGAAUGCUGUUGGGGCAAUGAUAGGACUUCAGCAUCUAGUCUGCGCUCCAGCGAAUGCCACGGGUGAUAGUGGCCUUCUCAGUGAUGAUUUAAGCAAUACCCAUCGAGUUAUCACUCUUCAAGGUCUUUCUCUUUUGGCGGAUUCUGAUACCUCCGGCAAGAUUCAACAUGAGCCAUGGCAUAUAAUGUCCUUGGAUAGUUUUAAACGACUACUAAAAAGUGGGUUUGAAAUGAGGGCUAUAUCCAAUGGCUACACUGUUAAACCUUCCUCCGGGAAACUACUUUCUUCAUUACAGUAUAAGAAUUCACGUCUGUCUGUUGGAAUCCGAGGGGCCAUACAUGUUGGUGGAGUUAAUUUCCACUUUUCCAACUUAGCUGCACUGAUAAUGAUAGCUCGGGGCAUCUCCUCUUUGUACGGAACCACUGAUGACUACUUGAGAAUGAGACCAACAAAAAGGCCUAGUUGUGCAAUACCAGGAAGCUGUGUGUCCUGGUGGAAAUACAUCAUUCACCGAGUCGUAUCGAAUACAAGUAGCCGAACUCGAAAAGAUACUUUCAAUUGGGAGUUUUACCGAAACUGGAAGCAAUUAUGUGAGGAAUAUUACAACUACUAUCUUUUGGUUUUGGGUGCACCAUGGCUUUUUGGGCACGUCGUGAAUGCCAAGAGGCUGGGCGAGGCAAGACGUUCGCUUUCUAUCGAACACCUUAUUCAGGUUAGACAAGAAGCGAGGUACACUUUAGAGCAGUUUCGUCUUACUGAAAGGGUAUUCCCUCGGCAUUAUGGAGAUACCAUUUGCGACCGAAGUGCGGAAUACAGCGUAGCAGCCGUGGAAGUGCUUCAGGGUUCGCUGGAUUACUCCCCAAUGAAGGGUGAAAUUUCAAUUUAUCUUGCGUUUCCCGAGUUGCCACUUGUUCUUUGGAACAAUGAUAUGGUUACUACUGUACUGUUCAAGAAUGUGUCUCUUCAAUCGGUUCAUGCAGAGGGAAAACACCAGACUGUUUUGUCGACAUUAGCCGUUUCUGUUUGUUUGGGUUCUUCAAGAUAUGACUGCGUUGAAAUGAUUGAAAUUAUGGGUAAAUCCGAGAACAAAGAGGGAAUUCUUAUUUCCUAUGUGCAAGGCAUCUGUGAUACGGAACUUUCAGUUGAUCUGAGUUCUAUUAGUAUCAAGUACGACAAGAAAAUUGUUGAGAGGCUACUUACUGCAAUUCUUAUGUCUGAAUUGAUUGACAUAGUUGGAGCACCUGGCUACCCUCUAAAAAUGAAUACAAAGAAGACACGUGGAAUCAAAACAAAAGUUGGCAUUCGUAAUGCAAUAGUAGACUUUGGAGAAAUAGAAGUUUGCGUUGAAGACUUGGAUAUUUUUCCAUCGCUGAGGUGUUCCGAAUUAUGCAUCAAUGAAGCUUCUAGUCCGCCUUUCAUCAUUGUAACGGACUUCACUGUGAACUCUGAGAAUGACACCACAUUUGUUUCUGGAAACUCAUACAUCCGUGGAGUACUUUUGAGUUUUUAUACAAUGAGGGGCGUUUUAUUUGACGUUUUUACCAGCUUGAAGGGUUUGUUUCCUUUGUUGGAACGUGGAAAUGCGUCGCAGACUGUAGAACCUAAGAGGGUAUUUGAGUUUACUUUUCCCUAUUUUGCGAUUGACUUUCCUGGUGACAACGUGCAGCUGCAAAUGCCAGAACUUGUUGUUCGCCUCACGCCUGGGGUUAAUUGGUUAAUUACUGUUGUGUGCAAGCAAAUGUGUUGUGAUUCCCUGCUUAGUAAAAUGAACAUGAGUAUCAUGAUUUCCGGUGGAAUCAGCGACAAAUGGACUUCACUGAGCACUCAUCUGACUGAUUCAAAGGCGAAUUCGAUUGUUUCCGUGACGUUUGACGGAGGAAAUAUCAUUAUGGAUAGUCGAUUUGUGAGUGUGCUGGAGUUUUUGAAUGAUCUCGCUUGGGUUAUGCUUGUUCAACCAGAAGAGGGCAUUCCGAUAUACCGCAAUGAAAGUUUUAAGGAUCCUUCAAUAGAGGUCCUUGCUUUAUUUGGAAAUGUAUCUUUUUCAGUUGUUGGGGAGCCUUUGUGUGCCUGGAAGUUUCCCUUCCGCCUUUUAUGCGAAGGUCACAACAGCCUUGUUAUGGAGAUUAAACGUUUUUGUGAUACACGUAUGGAGCUCAGUGUCACCCUUGGAAGUCGUUGUUCUUGGGACGUUAAUGGCUAUGCCUUAAUGUAUCCCUCAAAAGCUGACGCGGGAACGCUACGAGCAGUGAUGAAGUGGGAGCCACCAAGUGUUUUAGAUGUGGUGAACCCUCUCACAGUGCUGGUGACAUCGGUGAUAACCUCUGAACGCUCUUUCACAGCUUACUUCCCUGCGUUGCAGGAAUGGCUGCGCCAGUUCAAUGAAGCAGGAUCACCGUUGUAUCGGUUGAGGAGCAUGGGGUCAAGGUUGCAUUUUGGAUUGCGUACCUCCCAUGGUCGAUUAUACUCUGCUGGGUUUUGGCCCCAGCGAAAUGUGGUUUACGUGGAGGCAAAAAAUGUGGUGUUACUGUACUUUCCAUGGGGUAAAUUGUCCUCUAAUUGUGUCGUUGAUUCUGAGGAUGAGGAUGAGGAUGAGGAUGAGGAUGAGGAUGAGAAUGAUGAUGAUGAUGAUGAUGAUACGCAUGUGCGAAUAGGUGUCCCUUUGUGUAGGGUGACAUGGUCCUACGAUGGCCUUAGCCGAUGCAUGUCNAUGUGGUGUUACUGUACUUUCCAUGGGGUAAAUUGUCCUCUAAUUGUGUCGUUGAUUCUGAGGAUGAGGAUGAGGAUGAGGAUGAGGAUGAGAAUGAUGAUGAUGAUGAUACGCAUGUGCGAAUAG